AUGCGUUCUCCUACAAGCUUGGCCUUUGUAGGCCUAAGCUCUCGCCUGGUUAACGGCCUUGCUCAACAGCCCGAAACGCAAACAGUGACGGCUACCGUAACUGUUUGUGGUGAUAGUUGCGCAUCCACAGUGACAGUAUAUUCUGGUUGCCCUAUUGGGCAAUCGACGACGAUACCUGGUUACUCAACUUCCACACUGGGAACGUCGUCUACGCCUGCUUCUGUAUCCUCUGCUUCAACUUAUUCUUCUCUCACAUCCUCGAGUGAAACUGAUACUAUCGUGUAUCUGACGUCAAGUUCCACUAUCACUGUCAGCGAGACCUUAACAGAAUCAAGUGUUGCCCAUACUUUGACACACACUUCGACUAUCCCUGUAUCCACGUAUACUACUUCAUCCAGCACUGGGGCAGUCACAACAUCGACCGUGGACACUCCGUUGGGAAUCUCCAGCAGCACGUGCACCGACGAGUCUUCGACUGGAACUAGUUCAUCUACUGGAUACAAUUUCACUUCUACUCAUCCGCCCCAAUCUAGUACUUUGUCAAUCCCUUCGUUUACUAGCACUUCCACCGUCACCAUCUCUACUCCAAAGAGCACGCCAAGCAGCUCAACAUACGUCAGCUCCGCUACAGAUGCAUAUGGGACGGCUACUUCGAGCCAGGGCUAUUCCAUCUCAAGUUUACCCAGUACUAGCUCAUCGACUAUUCAUUCGAACUCUACUGCUAGCACUUGGACUUGGUCGAAUACCUACUCCGCCUCGCCGUCUUCAUCGAGCCAACCUAGUUCAACCGUCUCCACACGUAGCAGCUCGCACAGCACUUCUGCAACAGAGACGCUCCCCGCAUGGAGCACCACCAUCACUAUAGACGUAUCAAGUACUUCGCCGACUUCCGCAACUAUUCAAUACAGUACCAUGAGCUCUAGCUACGGAUCAGUCUCUUCAUCUACGCAUGGUGCCUCUACUCUGACCUCCACGGCAACGGCUUCUAUCCCUUCGAGUCUUGGCAGCUCCGGAACUUCUCCGGCAACCGGCUCUUCUUCAAGCACGCUUAGCAUCGGCACCUACUCACCAUCUAGCCUCGGGGGUAGCACAAGCACCUCAAGCACGCAUUCCCAGAGCUCCUCGGGAACAUCAUCUAGCAGCACUCCUACGGUCUCUACAAUUUGGACAGCUACCUAUAGCACGUUAUCUACACCAUCGUCCAGUGCUUCCGCUUCCGCGAGUUGCUCUUACCCGCCAGGUGGCUACAACUACGGCUGCGAAAGCGUGCCCGCGCCUACGCCAUCGUCGACUUCGACUCACAGCACCAACAUUAGCACCAGCGCCACCAUCAUUAGCAGCAGCACCGGCUCGACCAGCACCUACCAGCCAAGCCUAACCCCCAUCACCUGGUCAAACCACUUCACCAGCACGUCCAUCAUAACCGUCAGCGGGCCAUUUGUCAUCUCCACCGGAGGCACGGAGGCCGCGACCGGCAGCACUACAUCCUCUUCAGCGGGCGGGUACCCGACGCUGCCGCCUCCGGGAGCCAGCACUUCGACCUACACGAGCGGAACCAGCAGCUCGUCUUCGGUUUCCAGCUCUGAGACAUACCCCACUGUUCCCACCUUCGCAAGCACCAGCACCCUGACGCCAUCGCCCCCGACGUCGACUCCCGCCUCCGCCUCCGCCUCCACUUACAACACAGGCGGCUCCGACGCCGCGACCGGGUCAACUUCGUCUAAAUCGUCGUCAUCAUCAUCGUCUGCGGCGACGACAUGUGUAGCCGGAGGCUACGGCGGCUCGUCCAUCUGCUACACGAUCGAGCCAACAAUCGGGGUCCCGACAAGCGCCGCCUCGUCCUCGGUCCCGACGACGCUGGCUACUUACCCGCAGCUCACCAGCACUUCCAGCACGGCGUAUCCUACCGACAAGCCGGAGAAGUUCGGCCCUGGCGAGCAUCAUCAUGAGGGUGCCGAGCACUUUAGGGGUAAGUAUGACGACGACCACAGCGCCGACUGGACGUGGUGGGGUGGUGGUCGCAAGAUGCAUCGUCGAACGGAUGAGGGCGAGGGUAAGGGUAAGGGCGUGGAGCGUCUGCGCCGGAGCUGGAGAAUGGUCUAGUCAUCUUACUUACCUCCCUACCUAGGUAGCAAGAGGAUGAAAUGACAUGAACUCCCUUCGGCACGUAGACUAGGUAAUCGCGGAAAGAGGGAAGGAAAGGAGGGUCGUACAAAAGGGAGGGGGGUUGGAUGUAUACUUCGCUUCUUGUCGCUCAUUCAUUCCGUUUACCUUGAACUAUUUCCUUUCCUUUUUUCUUCGGU